GGAAGACACUACGACCCCAGCUGACUACGAGAUGACAUAUCUAGAAGCUUGUCUAUUGCACUCUCUAAGCACUUUUAAAAUAAUUGACUUGGCGCGUCGUUACCCAUUUUCAUUGUGGACAGUGGUCUACUUUCUCUGUGUGCACUGUUACUCUACCUUUAGAGGAGACUGAAACCAUAGUGCACCAUGGAUAGUGAGAGCAAACUCAGGUUCGAUCCCAGAGAGCACCAGCAUCUAAGGUAUAAUCCUCUGCGGGACUCCUGGGUUCUGGUCUCAGCCCAUCGGAUGAAGCGUCCCUGGAAAGGACAAGUAGAAAAACCGCCUGAAGAAAACAUCCCGCGACAUGACCCAAACAACCCCCUCUGUCCUUUAAGCACCAGGGCCAAUGGGGAGGUGAAUCCUGAGUAUGACAGCACUUUUCUCUUUGAUAAUGACUUCCCUGCGCUGCAGCCAGAUGCUCCAGACCCUGGUUCAAAUUAUCACCCUCUGUUCCAGGCCAAAGCUGCAAGGGGGAUUUGUAAGGUCAUGUGCUUUCACCCCUGGUCGGACAUCACCCUUCCCUUAAUGCAACCAGGGGAGAUCCGCAAGGUGAUUGACAAGUGGGCUGAGUUGAUAGAGGAGCUAGGGUCCACCUAUCCAUGGGUGCAGAUCUUUGAGAAUAGAGGUGCCAUGAUGGGCUGCUCCAACCCUCAUCCUCACUGUCAGAUUUGGGCCAGCAGUUUCCUGCCUAAUGAGCCAGCCCUGGCUGAACGCUGUCAGAGAGAGUAUCUACGGAAGCACGGAGAGGCCAUGCUGUUGCGGUAUGCUCGUAUGGAGGCUCAGGCACAGGAGCGUGUGGUAGUGGAGAAUGAGCAUUGGCUAGUUGUUGUGCCUUAUUGGGCCACAUGGCCUUUUCAGACUCUGCUGUUGCCACGACGACAUGUUCUACGCUUUCCUGACCUCACUUCCCAGGAGAGAGAUAGUCUGGCAUCUAUAAUGAAAAGGCUCCUGACGAAAUACGACAACCUCUUUGAGGUCUCCUUCCCCUAUUCGAUGGGCUGGCAUGGGGCCCCGACAGGAACUCACCUGGAGGAAGACAUGAACCACUGGCAGCUGCACGCGCACUAUUACCCACCCCUCCUCCGGUCAGCCACUGUCCGCAAGUUCAUGGUGGGCUACGAGAUGCUGGCGCAGGAGCAGCGCGAUCUCACUCCUGAACAGGCUGCCGAGCGAUUACGGGAGCUCUCUGAGGAGCACUACAGGAGCAGAGGAGCGGAGAGAGGAGCAGGUCCGCUGACGGAAGGAAAGUGAUCACAGAAUAAGGAACAAGGAGGAUGCAUUCAUGAAGACCCACGGAUGGGACAUCACAAAAAAAUGAUAACAGCAGGGUUAAAAAUGUGAGAUAAUCCAAACUAAUAAAGAUAGUGCUGGCUACUUCGAAAGCUUUUGUAUUUCCAGACACCGCAGGGGCCUAUUUGAUCUUAGGGAGAAAUGUGAAACCAGAUAACUGCUUAAGUCAGAAAUGCUGAUAGGGAACUUGAAUCUCAAUUAUAAAGCCAUUUAUAUGGCUCCUUUAUAUGACUCCUGUUCUUGAGAGUGUGGGAGUAAUAUUAAAAACUUACAAUGACUCAUGAGUCAAGAGUUUUUGGGAAAACAACUAGUCUGUAAUGUUUUAUAGUAAGACUUAUGAUACAAAUCUGAAUUAAAGGAUGCAAUUGAUAAA